UUUCUGCUUUCAGGUCAUGCCUCUGAGUCGCGCUCCGUCGUCCGCCAGAGGGGCCUUCGCCUGGACCGCCUGGAGGUGCUGCCGCUGCCCGGGCCGUCUGCUGCUUCGAGCCAACGGGGGAAGCCGGGGUCGCGGGGCUCCGCGGGCAGUGUCGUGGGCUGGUGCGUCUUUCCGGGAUGCUCCGAGGGGUUCCCUUCCUGGGAGAGGCACGUCCUGCACUACAAGCAGCGCCACUUGAAGCAGUCGGACGCCGAGUCCUUCUGCUCGCUGUGUCUGGCGCGCGUCUUCAGCCACCGCUGCCACACGCUGUUGCACGCGGACGCCGGACUGGACUGCACUCAGAACCAUUGCUCUGCGAGCUUCGUGCACCCAUGGGCGCUCAGAGAGCACUUGGCUGAAUUUCACCGUCCACCGCCGAAGACGCCGACGGCCGAGCCCCGAGCCCCAGCGGCCACUGCAGCGACUUCAACCAAGUUCAGGCCGCUGCCGGCGGCCUUGCCAGUCGGGGCGACAUCGGUGCCACUGAAAGUGGCAACAACGGCUGUGGGAACGACGUCGAAGGAACGAAUGGAGGCGAGGAGUUCAAUCGAAGCGACUUCGACGCAACCAGUGGUUGCCAUUGCACGGGUCGGAAGGACUUCAACGAAACCACCUGCUGCUGUUUCAAAGGUUGGAACGACUUUGACUCGACCAGUAGCUGCUGUUGCACGAGCCGGAGCCAAUAACUAUGUGCAACCGAUGCUGGCCGUUACACCGGUUGGAGUGACACCGACGCCACCUGCUGGAACACCUACUGGAAGUAGAACAGGUACUUCGGGGCAACCCGUCGCUGCUGGAACACCGCACGGAGCUACUUCGGGGCAACCAGUCGCUGCUGAUACAGUUGCUGCUGUUACAGUUGCUGGAACGACUUCGAUCCCACCAGUCGCUGCUGUUUCACAGGUCGGGCCUACUUCGGGGCAACCAGUGGUUGCUGUCAAACUCUCUGAAACGACUUCGGUGCCGCCAGUGGCUGCUGUUUCACAGGACAGACCUACUUCGGGGCAACUAGUGGCAGCUGUUACCCUUGCUGGAACGACUGCGAUCCCACCAUUGGCUGCUGUGUCACAGGACGCACCUACUUUGGGGCACCCAGUGGCUGCCGUCACACUUGCUGGAACGACUCCGAUUCAGCCAGGGGCUGUUGUUACUCAGGCCGGAGCAACUUCGACGCAACUUGUAUCUGCUGAAUUGCAGGUCGGAACGACUUCUAGUGAACCAGCGGCAGCCACGGCCUCGUCCGUGGGUGCCGCGGAGGUGGGCGACGUGAUCGCGGUGCUGGGCUGGUGCACCUUCCCUGGCUGCUCGGAGGACUUCGCGUCGUGGGCCGGCUACGUGGAGCACUGCCUGCAGCGCCACGGCCGCUCCCUGUGCCCGACCUGCCUGAACGUCCACGCCGCGCAGCACGGCGACGCGGACGCGAAGUGCGCCCUCUGCUCGGCGCGGUUCGUCGACUCGCAGGCCCUCAGGGUGCACAAGAACUUCUUCCACCGCGCGUUCGACUCCAUCACGUCGCGCAAGUGGCACCUGAGGAUCCAGGAAGCGCGCGCCGUCAUCGGCUGGUGCACUUUCCCGCACUGCGGCCGGGCCUUCCUGUCCUGGGAGGAGCACGUCGUCCAUCAGAAGGAGAGCCACUUGGCUCCGACGCAGGACGACACGGUGUGCGACUUGUGCCUGGCCGUGAAGCCCGUGGCGGGGCUGCCGGACCACCUGGAGGCGCACCGCUUGUGGGACGCGCCGUGCUCGCUGUGCGCCGCGCGCUUCAUCGCGGACAACACGGACCACCGGCAGCAGUUCCACCACGCGACCUCCGACGGCGAGGUCCCGGCCGUGCUGGGCUGGUGCAUUGACACGGGCUGCGAGUCCUCGUUCAGCCGCUGGCAGGAUCACGUGCAGCAUUUCCUGCUACACCACUGGACGCUGGACGCCGACCUUGUGUGCCGCGUCUGCCUGGCUCGCUUCCAAAGCCAGGACGAGGCCAAGGAGCACCUCAAGGACCACGCCUCGCCGGGGAAGCAGCAGUUCAGAUGCACCAGCUGCCCCGUCGGGUUUCUGACGUUGAAGCAUUUCAGGAAACACAUGAGUCACUUUCAUGGACUGUGGGUCUCGCGGUUCUCGCCGUAGGUCUUAUGAAAUUGUUUGCACAUGAAUUUUUUUUUGUUAAUAUGUUGAAUAGUGAAAUGUAAAAUUGUAUAAGGCUUUGUACAAGAUUUUUCGUACUCGUCCAAUCGAUGUUUAGUUUUGCCGUGCUGAUUUGCUCGCUCUUGUGGGUCAAAGUAUGUUCGUUUUUUUCUGUUUUGUUUUGUCUUGUGGGGGAUUUUCUGUCUCUGUCACAACUCAACAUGUUUUCUCUUGGAGCAACGAUAGGUGAACAGUGUACCCCUCAACUCAAGACACCUCCUCCUAUCUAAUGACAUUUGAAACCUGUAGUUGUUAUUAGUCUCGCUCUCGUUCCGUUCUCUUAACCAACUCAAUUCGGUUUACACCUUAAGAUACUCUUUACUACUUCUACUUCCGCCGUUUUAACGACCCGCGUUCGGACCGCCUUUGCGUUGCAACGCGAGCCAAGCCAAUCGUAGGUGUGCUGCUCGGUGGUUGGCGCGUGUUGGACGCGUAUUUGUGUCGUAUCUCCUAACCCGUUAAAGUUAAACAGGUUUUGUACGCGCACCGGCUUACCAUUCCUGUCUUUCUUUACCAGUUUAAGAAAUGCGGCCCAAAAACCCGUCUGGUGGACCUCGUCUGGCGUGCAGCAUGCCUUCCAUUCGUUUGGCUGUCUUUGCUCGGCAACGGUGGUGCGGCCUCGGGUGUCAGUCGAAGUGAUUUAAAAUCUGAAACGCACCUGAUAUUUUUCAAGGAAAAUACCUUGUUUCUCCGAAGCGAUUGUCCUGAUUCCUUGUCUCCCUACACUAUCUUAUGUUGGACAUUGUUGUAAUUUUAACAGUUUUCAAAGUGAUUUAAAAACUGAAGCACCUGUCGUUGUUAAGGAAAAGUGCUCUGUUUUUUUUUGUUUUUAUUUUUCGAAACGAUUGGUGACUCCUUGUCUACCCUCACUUUCUUAUGUUGUAUAUUCUUGUAGUUUUAAAACCUUUUUAGGUGGUUUAAAACCUUACAUGCACCUGUCGAUUUUCAAGGAAAAUGCCUUGUAUUUCAAAAGCGAUUGUCCUGAUUCCUUGUUUACUUUCUCUUUCUUAUGUUGGACUUUUUUGUAAUUUUAAAACCUUUCUAAACUAAUCGCAGCUUACACUCUGCCAUAUGCUUAAAUCGAACUGUGGUGUUUUUUUUCUAGCUAGCUGGUUCCUGAGCGCGAAACACAGAAGACUCACGGAGGGCUGACAUGCCUGCCCUUCACAUUGAAGUUCACUUGAUUUGAUGUUUUCCUUAUAAGGGAGAAGACUGCGAAUGAAUGAGUCACGACCGUUACGAAUUAAUGACUGAUGAUUUGUCGCUCAAUUAUGUGUGGUAGAGAUAGUAUUUCACCUUAAUAAACAACCUCCCAACGCCCAAAACAA